AGUAGAUCUUGACGCAUAUGCGUAUCAACUUGUUAUCAUACACACGGCCGUAUUUACCAAACAUCAACUAUCGUUCUGAAAACAGAAUCUAAACCGCAAACUGACUAUAGUGAAUGCAAUUUCUUCCCCUUCAAAAUCUUCCUUUUUUUUCUCACUUGGCCGCUUCACAUCAACGGCGGCGUUUCUCUCUCUCCUUCUCUCUAUAAUUUCUCCAUUUCUACUCUCAGUAGAGCUUUGUUUUUGCUAAGAAAACCAUGUCUAUGUCUCUUCUCCAUCCAAAUUUCCAACAAUGCCCCGCCGCCUUCUCUUCCUCCACCUCUCUCUUCCCGUCCCAUGCGUCUUUUCGCAUCAUUUCUCUAAAACCUUCUGGUCCUUCUUCUCUUAGACCUGUUUUCUGUUGCAUAUCCCAGUCUCAGGUCUCAGUUGUUAAUGGCGGAGUCAAUACUAGAGCCUCUGAGAGGAAUGAGAUUCGUCUUGGUUUGCCUAGUAAAGGUCGCAUGGCUUCCGAUACUAUUGAUCUUCUCAAGGACUGUCAACUGUCCGUCAAGCAGGUCAAUCCUCGACAAUAUGUUGCACAAAUUCCUCAGCUUUCCAACGUGGAAGUCUGGUUCCAGCGACCUAAAGACAUUGUGCGAAAAUUGUUAUCAGGAGAUUUGGACCUUGGAAUUGUUGGUUUUGAUACAGUCAAUGAAUAUGGACGGGGGAAUGAAGAUCUUAUCAUUGUUCAUGAUGCUCUUGAGUAUGGGGAUUGCCGUUUAUCCCUUGCAAUUCCUAAAUAUGGGAUUUUCGAAAAUAUAAAUUCAAUUGGAGAGCUGGCAAAAAUGCCUCAAUGGACAGCUGAGAAACCCCUCAGAGUUGCUACUGGCUUCACUUAUCUGGGUCCUAAAUUUAUGAAAGAAAAUGGAUUGGAGCAUGUGACAUUUUCAACUGCAGAUGGAGCAUUGGAAGCUGCUCCUGCGAUGGGAAUAGCAGAUGCUAUUUUGGAUCUUGUGAGUAGUGGAACAACAUUGAAAGAAAACAAUCUGAAAGAAAUUGAAGGUGGAGUUGUAUUAGAGAGCCAGGCUGUUCUUGUUGCAAGCAGGAAAUCCUUAAUGCAGCGGAAGGGUGCCUUGGACACAAUUCAUGAGAUUCUUGAAAGGUUAGAGGCACAUUUGAGAGCAGUUGGUCAGUUCACGGUAACCGCAAACAUGAGAGGAAGUAGUGCAGAGGAAGUGGCUGAACGUGUACUGAGCCAGCCAUCUUUAUCUGGGUUGCAGGGGCCUACUGUAAGUCCUGUUUUCUGCAAACGUGAUGGAAAGGUUUCACCAGAUUACUAUGCUAUAGUCAUUUGUGUCCCAAAAAAGGCAUUAUACAAGUCUGUACAGCAACUAAGAGCGAUUGGAGGUAGUGGAGUUCUAAUUUCUCCUUUAACCUAUAUUUUCGAAGAAGAGACUCCAAGAUGGCGCCAGCUUCUUUCAAAACUUGGGCUGUAGCUCAUUGCAUCCAAUGUUAUUAUUACUUCUCGUUACCGUUGUGCAGCUUCUUGAAAUAUUCAGGAUGUCUGAUCGGUAAAUUAUCUGCUCUUGGCCAUAUUCCGAGUGUUUAAAACGUGCAACAAACUGGACAGUUUACAAAAAAAUUUUGUAAUUUUUCUGUAUUUUAUGUCAAGCAACUUGAACUCCUUAAAUGGAUUUUCAUUCAAGUUUAAGAUUCUGUACACCACCUCAUAUUAUUUUACUUUAACAUUCAGAAUAUGUUAGCAUGAUACGUUUCCAAGUUCA